AUGAAAUAUUUCUCAUACUUUAGAGCGUUAAUCAUCAUUAUAAUUUCAUUUUAAUCGUUGGCCUAAAAUAUCAGAUAAACUUUAUAAUUAUUAGACGAAUAUGACCCUUAUUAAAAAUUAGAAACUCAAGUUUAAAAUACAAGAACAGGGUAUGGAUUUUGGUUUAAAUACAUUGCCCUUAAAAAGAUCUUCUCAACUCAUUCACUAACUGAAGGCUUAGAUUAAAAUGAUGUUGUUAAAGGGCAAAUAAUGUGUUUUUCUUAAGGGGAUCAAUUUGAAAUUUUAUUAUACUUUAUGGAAAAUUUCGAUAAUUAUUUGAUCAACUUAAAAUUCAUAAUAAAUUCAAACCAGGAGUUUCUAGUUAAUUAUAAAUAUUAUGAUUUUGAAGGCAUUUGGAUCUUUGCAGCAGUUUCAUUAGAUCCUAUUAAAAGCACUAUAGAGGUUUAUCUAUAUAAUGAAUAGGCUCUUAAUAAUUUUAUAUACAAUAAGUUUCAAUUAACUACUCAAAUUCCCUAAAUGGUCAACAGUUACUUGGGAGGAUAUGCAAGAGUAAUUCUCAUAUCAUUUAAAAUAGGUAUAAAACAUGAAUUUGCUACCCUUUACUGCAAAAAUUUCUGAAUUUCAAAUUAUUGAAGUGUUCGACUAGAUUGGGAGCAAUUUUUAAUAGUUUAAUCAGAAGAUAAUUGAGGCACAAAUAUUUGAAAGAAUCAAACCCAAAGAAUAAAGAAUUCUAUUAGUUGAUGAACAACAUUUUAAUGGAAGUUAAUAUUUAGUAAAGACAAUCUUUAUGGAUGGCUCUACAUUUUUAAUCCAAGGGUGGGUAAAAUUAAAUGAAUAAGUCAAAGAUUAUGGAUUUAUACUUGUAGUUAUAAGUUACUCAAAUUUACAAUACACUAAUAGAUACCCAGGAGAUUAAAUCUUGACGCUGCGCUAUCAGAUUUCAAGCAGCGGUCGAUACGGCUCAUAAUUUUCCAUAAUUUAAUAAUUUAACUAAAAUCCAAACGUUUACGAGCCUUAUAUUUAUUGCGGAUCUGAAAUAACUCAAUAUAUGGGAUAGUCUUAAGUUUAUCAUCAAUUAAUAUCUUGGCAUUAUAUAUAAUAUCAAUUAGGAAAUAAGGAGCAACCAUCAUCUAUUUAUCUCUACUUUUCUUAUGAUUAAUCUGUUGUUUAUGCGAUCUAUUAACUUAAUUUUUCCCCUUAUGAAUUUUCUAAUGUUAAUGCGACCAUCUUUAUAUCAGGAGCUACUGAAGAACAAACUUACAUGAAUGGCUAAAUUACAAAUUUAGAAUUUAUUCAUAGUUAUGAAGUUUCAAAACCAUUUUUAACAAGUAUAAUUUGAUUUUAGUAGAGAUUGCCACACAACUUGUUUUAGUUGUCUAGGUCCUUAUGAAAACUAAUGUUUGAAUUGCAAUCCUAUUUAUAAUAGGGUACACUUGCCCUUUAAAAACAUUUGUGCUUGUGAUAUUGGAUAUAUUGAAUCAUUUGACAGUCUGAAUUGCAUAACACUUCAACAAAGUUAUGCAACAGCUAUGAUUGUAGUACAAAAAGAAGAUGAAAAUGAAGCAAUAAAGUGCAAGUUAGGCUAUUUUGAAUUUCUUAAUUCUUGUCUUCCAUGGUAUAAUUGCAAUCAUUAUUAUUAGUCCAUUUGGAAAUAGAAUGCUAAAUUGUUUAGAUUGUAUUAAUAAUUAAAAGGAAUGGUUCCUAAACCCUAUUUGUAAUUGGGAUUUUAAUUAGAUAUUCUUUUCUUUUAGAUAUGCUCAAAGAGAGCAAGAAUUUAGGGAUUUGUAUCUAAUCAAUUAGCCAUCUUCAAUAUAAUUAUGCGAUGGAUGUGCAUCGUUUUGUAAUCCAGUUGAAUCUGAUUGUAACAAGCUAUUAGGAGCAUUUCAUUUAGGCGUAUAAGCAUUUGUAAAAUGUAAACCAAAUUUUAAAUUUAUAAAUGGAGCUUGUAAACUUAAUCCUCCUUUUUGUUUAUUAUAAAAUUCAGAGGGAAUAUGCAUUGAAUGCCUCUCUUAAUAUUACUUUGAUUUAGAUUAAUAAAAUUGUGUUGAAUGCCCACAAGAAUGUCAAACUUGUCAUUAUGAUGAAAUAGUUAACAAUGUAAUGUGUGAUAGCUGUUCGGAUAAAAGUUCACUAAUUCUCAAUGGAGUUUGUGAAAGGUGCGGUUUGAAUUGUAAAAUUUGCUAGCUUGAUUUCAACUUUAAAAAAUAAGAGCCAUACUUAAGAUGUUUAGAAUGCAUAGAUGUGAAUAAAUACUAUAUUAUGUUCAAUGCAAUAGAUUGUUUAGAAAUAACAAUUAAUUAUUGUUAAUACGGCUUUUAGUACUUAGAGACUGAUUAUUCAAUAACAACUUUGGAUACAUUUUUUGAACCUCGAGACUAUGAUGAAAAUGUGAGGGUUGGAUGUGCAAGAUGUUAUGAUGACUCCUUUACAUAUGAUCUCAUUACUAAUUAAUGCGUUUAUACUGCCUAUCAAUAUGGUAUGUGUAAGUAAUCUGUUUUUGAUUAUAGUGGUACAUAUGUUUGCCUAACCAUUUACGAUAAAACUGCUGCUUAAUAAAAAGUAUACUCACGAUUUAGCUACUGUCCGUUAAUUGACAAAUGUUUAGAAUGUCUCAAAAUAAAUGAAUAUAAUCAAAUAUGUUUGGAUUGUGAUUAUGGAUAUUAUUCAUCCUAUACUGGAGUCUGUAUCAAAUGUCCUGCUGAACUUAAUUGUUUCAGGUGUUAAUAGAUUUUAAUAUAAUUUAACGAUAAUUUCAGAAAAGAACUUAGAGCAUUUUAUAAAUUUUUUGUUGAAGAAAGUAACCAAAGUCACUUUUAUAAUGAUUAUAAUUAAAAAUUUUAAAAAGAAUAGUAUAUGGUUUAAUGCAUUUAGUGUUUUGAAAAUUAGGAAUUGUAUAAUGGAAAAUGUAUAAAAGCAUGUCCUUAAUAUUGUUAAUCAUGUAUAAAAAGUAAUGAUGAAAAUGUAUGUCAAUCUUGCCCUUUUACUUAUUUAGGCAAGAUUCUUUCAGUGGUUGAUAAUAAUUGUUUGGAAUGUCCCACCUUUUGCUAAAUUUGCAUUAAAAGAACCUAAUCAGAAGUAGCUGCUAUAAAUCCUUAUUAUUCAAGCUAAUCUCAAAUCUAUUAGAAUAUUUGUAUUAAAGGAUUCUCAAACUUAUAUUUUUAUGAUGAAGAUCUUUAGAGCUUUUAGGACUGUAGUUUCAACCCUGAUCAAUAACGAUGUUUUAUCUCAAUUACAAUUGAUGUCAAAAUAUACUGUUAAGAUGACUUUGUUUCUUAUAAAAAUUAAGUAAAUAUAAAAGAUUUAUUCUCUUCCUCUAGCAAUAUAGAUCAUUUACCAUAUUUUGAGAAUGAAAAGCUUUAUGCUUAUGCUAAUAAAAAUACUGUUAAGGAAGUCAUUUAUAAUUUUGAAAUAGUUGAUGGUCUUGAACAUUCUUGUAGAAUUCCUCGGGAAGGAUACUUUUAAUAAAAUAUGAGUAAGAAUGUGUUUUCUGCAAUGUAAUAUUAUUAUUAAUUAUAGCAUAAUUAAAUUGAAAUUCUACUCCUCAUAAUAGUCCGACCUAUAUUUUCUUGGGAAUUUUGAUUUGUUAGGCUUUACUGAAAUUAUCAUUUCUAACCUAUCCUUUAUAUCAUCUUCGAAUCUCAUAGCUACUAUAACUCUUGAUUCCCUAUUUAAAUUAAGAACAACGUUUUAGAGUGUUAAUUUUGGAUCUCUUAACUUAAAGUAAUAAAUCAAAAUCGUUGCUGGAAGUUAAUAAUCAAUAGAAUUUCGAGAUAUUUAAUUUAUAAAUUUACUUUUAACUGAAUUAAACUCUCAAUUUAUCUUGAUUAAAACUAAUUUAUAACCUACUCUAUUAAUCUUGGAUAAUGUUAAAUUUUUAUAUUGUGAUUUUAUGAAUAUAAUCGUAUUUAACUUAUUAAAUUAAAAUUCAGUCAAAAUAUACACUUCAAACUUACAAAUCACAAAUAUGGUUCUAAAAAACUCCACUUACAUUAAACUACUUGAUAUUAAUGAUAAUAAUGAAAUGAUAAUGGAACAUUUGAACUUAAAUUUACUUAUUAUUGAUUCCUCAGCAUUUUUUAAUUUUAUAUAUUUCUAUUAAAUCAAAGUGAAAUAAACACUCUUAUAAGAUUCAACUUUAGUCAACACUGUUUUUUUUAGUUUAAAUAAUUUUAUUGAAAUGGAAGAUUUUACUCUAUCUGAAAUAAGCCUCAAAACAUAAAGUACUUUAUUUUAAAGUGGAUAUUCUUAUAUUAAAGAGCCUCAAUUCAUUUUGAACAAGAUAAGCUUUAAUCUUAUUAAAUAUGAAAAGGAAGUCCCUUUGAUCAAUGUUGGUUUAGAUGAUUAGAUGGAAAUUAAAAUGUAACUCGUGGAUAUUUAAAUUUAAAACUCCAAAUUAAAAUAAAUAGAAUUAUUAAAUGAAAUUGAUAUAUCCAAAAACAAAAUAAUAUUGUCUUGUAAAUCAAUUGUAAUCAAGAACUUUUUAAUUAUAAGAGAAGAAGACUUGCCAGAAAUAGCUAUAGUUAACUCAAUGGAAGUAAUUAUUGAUAAUUUGUAAAUAAUCCAGAGAAAAAGAGAAAAAUUUUUGAGUUUUACCUGUUUAGAUUCUUCAAAAUUUUAAUAGGAAUAUUCUCUCAUCUCGUUUUUUGAAGUGAGAAACAUUAAUAUUUAAAAUUCAAUUUUCUCAAAUAAUACUCUAUACAAUUAAGGAAUUCUACAAAUUAUAUAUGAUUAAAAGAUGAAUUUAAAUUAAGAGAUUCAGUAAAAAGUAAUUAUAUUUAAUCAGGUAAAGUUUGAAAGUAAUUUACUUUUAAAGAAUCUUAAUUAAAAUGCUUUAGGACUUAUUAAUAUUAUUGAUUAAAACUAAAUUGUAAUUCAUUUCUCUGAAUUAAUUUUUUAAGGGAAUUUGUUAAAUGAAUUCUUGGAAGAAUCCUAAAGUGCAUCAUCUUUACUCAUAGUUGCCAUCGCUCCAAGAGGGUAUUUUUCAUUAAUUACUUCCUCCUUAGAGUAUAAUUUAAUAUUGAAUUCUACUGUUUCACUACUUUACAUUAAUACUAAAUCAUUAAAUAUUGCUUAUACUCUAUUUAACAAUAAUAAUGUGAUGAAUUACACAACUUUAAAUUAUUUUAUAAAGGAUCUUGCUUAUUCUAUCACAUCAAUUUACUCUUAAUCUGGUAAUGGGUACCUAAAAACAUCAUCUCUUUUAGUAAAUAAUGUGCAUUUGAAUACUUCAUAAGGAUUUUACGGAGGAGGUUUCCAAAUAAGCAGUUAGAAUAUUUCUACUCUAACAUUCCAGAAUUGUUAAUUUAGUAAUUUAUCUAACUUGAUUGGUAACUCUUUAUCCUAUGGAGCCGCCAUAUAUCUAGAAAUACAAUCAUAAGAAAUUAUAAUGUAAUUUAUCAAUAUUUCAGUGAGCUAAGUUUUCACUUAAAAUCUAGGGGGAUUUCUGUUUAUCAAAUCUUCAAUUUAUCAAAAAAUACAGAUUGAUUUUUAAAAUUCAUUUUUUUAAGAUAAUUAUGCAGAUUUAGGAUCAAUUCUAUAUUUUGAUAAUUCUAUCAAUUCAAAUUAAUAACUUUGUAAGUUAAGUCUAACAGAAAUAAUAGUUGAGUAAUCAAAUUAUUAAACUUACUUUGAAAACUUAAAAUUUGAUAAUUAAAAUUAGAUAGAUAAUGCUUUAUCAAAAUAAAGGCAAUUAAUAAAUUUGAAAAUGUGUUCUAUAGAACUUAAAAAUUCAUUUUUUGUAAAUUUGAUUUAAGAGGGCAUAAUAAAUGUUGAAUAACCGUCUGAAAUUAUUCUAGCUAAUCUAUUAGUUGAUAAUGCAAACAUAGUUAAUCAAUAAUUAAUUAAUAUUUUAAGCUAUAGUGACAUUCAUUUAACAAAUAUAUAGGUGCUUAAUACAUCAAACAGUUUUAACUAUAAGAGUAACAAAGAGAUCUGUAAAAUUAACUCUUCUACAUUUAAUGAUUGUGCUGCAAUAUCAUAAAUAACAGAUUUAAUGAGACAAAUAGAUUGUUCCUAUAAAUAAUUAAUUUUUUCAUCCUAAUUAUCUGCAUCUACCCUAAUAAACAUUGUGCACUAAAUUACAACGUAAUAAAUCUUUUUUAAAAACAUUACAUUCAUGAACAAUCAAAUAAAUGAACUAGUUAAUAUCAAUGCUUUAGUUAAAUAAUAAAAUGCUACCUAAAUAAUUAUGGAUACACUCUUCAGUCAUUAAAAUUUGUGUUUAAACUCUUGUUUCACAAUUUAACCAUUAACAUAUGAGCCAAAUGAGAAGAUAGUAUCAAAGGAUGUCAUAAUAUCAAACUAUUAUUGUAUAGAAAAUACAGCUUAAUAAGGAGGUUGUUUGAAUGUAUAUGAAUUUUAAAUAACUGUGUUAAGAUCAAAUUUUAUUAAUAACACAGCAAAAUACAAAGGAGGAGCUAUCUACUAUGAAGGCAAAUAUUUGGUCUUUGAACAGUCAUAAAUUUAUAAUAAUAAAGCUCAGCAAGGUGGAGGAGUCUUUACAAAUAUUUAGUUGCCUAUAUUCAUAGAGCAACAAACCUUUAAGGCAAAUCAAGCAAGCUAUUUUGGAAACGACAUUGUUGAAAUUCCAUCAAAAUUAGGAAUUACAAUUGACAAUUAUAGGAAUAUCUUAUUCCCUACAGAAUUGGUGAAUAAUGAAUUAAUUUAAUUAGAUUAAAUUAAGAUUCAAAAUUAUAUUUUGUUUGAUGGAAGCAUAACUAAUUUCAUUUACUUUCCAUCAGGAUAAUAAAUUGGCUAAUAUUAGUAUUUUGAUUAUAUAUAGAAUAAAUAUAUAAAUGCCAAUUUAACACUGAGAGUUGUUGCUUUAAAUAGAUAAUAUGAUAUAAUGAGAGAUCUAAGUAAUUCCUACUGCACAAUAUUCAAUGACGAUCCUUAUUCUUAAUUCCAAAUCAAAGCCAAAUUCAAUUAAGCUUCUUAAGAUUUUAAUUUUGAUGAUCAAAUUUUUACAUUCACACCAUACACUGAGCAACCUUUGUUGUUAAAAAUUAAAUGCAAUUGUGUUAAAGUCUUAAAUAACACCAUAACUAAUUUAUAAAAUUACUAAAUUUAAUUACAAGUUAAGACCUUCACUUGCAAAAUCGGAGAAAUCUUUGAUCGUGAUCAGUGUAAGGCUUGUGACUACACAUAAGAUUUAUAUUCUGUAACAAUAAAAUCUACUAAAUGCUCAAAAAGAAACGAACUUACAACCUCUUAAGUAACAUCAGGAUAAUUGAAACUUAGAUAAGGUUUCUGGAGAUAUCAUUAGAACUCAGAUGAUAUUUUGUAAUGCUCUUAUUCAUAGACUAAAUGCAAAGGAGGUUGGGAAACAGCAGAUGCUAGUUGCGAAAUUGGAUAUGUAGGAGCAUUGUGUGAACAGUGUGAUAUUUAUGGCACUAGAGGCUCAGAAAAAUUUUAGAAUCUUUUUAAGUAUUCUUGCCAAUAAUGCUCAAGCUAGAGAUAUACAAUCUUCUAUUAUAUAAUCUUGAACAUAUGGUAUUAAUCAUUUAUAACAUCUAGGAAUAUUUUAGCCAUUGGAAUAACAGCUUUUUGCAUAAAGAAUGAUUUUAACAAGAUGUUUAGGGUAUUCUGGUUUUCAACUAUUAGUUGCAAUAAAAUAUUUCUUCAUUAUUUUUAGAUAAUAUUCUAUCUGACUAUGUUGAAAUUAAAUAUUCCUAUACAAUUAUCUUCGAUUAUAAACUUUUUAGGAAAUCCUACAGAGUCAAUAUCCUUUUCAUUAGAUUGUGUAUGGUCUAAUUACGAGACUACUUUCAAUAUCAUUUACAUUAGAGCCAUCAUCUAAAUAUUUUCACCAAUCCUCUAUUUAAUAAUUAUUGGUGUUUUCAUAGUAUUCAUAUUUAGAAAAGAAAGUGAAACUCGCCAGCACUUGAUUUUUAAUUCUCUCUAAUAUUGUAAGCUCUAUUAUUCCCCAAGUAUAUUCUCCUGUUUGGUCUCUUUGGUCUCAUAUAGAGUAAUAGGAGGGAAAAAGUGGAUUCUUGCCGAUGUCACAUAUAUAUUUGAUUCACAAGAACAUUAUUUAUGGAUUUUGCAAUUCAUUAUACCAAUAUUCAUAUUAUUUCUUAUCAUAUUGGCUUUGGACUUUGUUGCAAUAUUUUAGAGAAAAUAACAACUAACACUUUUAAAAACCAAAAUGAUGUUUGGUUAUUUAUACUUAAAUUAUAAAAGUAAAUAUUAUUAUUGGGAGUAUUGCAAAUUGAUAUAAAAAUUCUUAUUGGUGAUUGUGAUAUUGUAGUUUCAGGAUCAAAUAGUUUGGAAAGCAACCUUUGUAGUUUUAAUAAUAGUAGUCUAUUAACAAUUAGUAGAAAAGUAUCAACCUUAUAAAGCAUCCUUAUUUAACAAUUUAGAAAGCCAUAUGCAUAUCGUUUGUCUUGCUACAAUUAUUUUUAGUAUUUUAAUUGUUUAAAGUGAACAAUAUAAUUUGAAGUUUAUAGAAAUCUGCAGUUAUAUCUUUUUAAUAGCAAUAAAUGCGCAAUUUUUGUUGUACCUAACUAAGCUUGUGAUAAAGCUAAAUUCUUCAUAAGCAGAGAAAAUUAUAGACAAGAUAAAUUCUAAAUUAACAUCAAUAUUCCCUAUAUUAAAAUAGUAAAAGAUUGUUUCGUGCUUUAAUUAUAAAAGAACUAAGAAAAGUGCUUAAGUUAGAAAGAGGUUCUAAAAUCUUGCAAGAUCAGUUAUUGAAUUUAUAAAAAAUAAGGGUCCAACAACAAAGAAAUAGGAGAAGGGGAAUAGAGUAUCUAUUCGAUACUUCUAAUAAGACUUUGAUACUGGACAAUAGUUGACAAUCACAAAUACAAAUCUACCUCAAAUUAGUGACAAUUAAAAAAUGUUAAAACCUCAAACUGAAUUUAUGUAAGAUGAUGAAGGAUUAGAGUAUAUAACUAUAUUAAAUAUUUUAGAACUUUUACAAUUAAUAAAUAGAUUGCUAAACCAAGGUUAUGA